GUGAGAGGGGUUCCCAUAACUGUCAAUUUUCAAAGUGUUUGCAUUGAAAAGAGAGGAGGUGCUACUUUGAUUGAUCUUUCAGUCGCAGUAUAUAAAGCAGAGGAAUUCUUCUUACCCUCUGCUUGUCAUACUGCUCUGCAUACCCUCUCAGCUGGACUUGGGGCUACUACUUACUGUAUCUGAAAGGCUGAAACUCACUCGGAAUAAAGAAUUCUUGUAACAAUGCCGGAACCCACCAAGAAAGAUGAGACUGAAACUGAAACUGCACCACCACCUCCAGAACAAAAAACACCACAGGAGGGUGGAACUGGAAAGGGUAAAGACACGGACAUCAGAGAAAUGGCAUCUUCCUCAGAUGAAGAUGACACUUCACUUAGUACUCCACCAGCAGAUGGGAUGUCUAAGCCAGCGGAAAGAAAAGAUUCAGUAUGGUCUCUUGGAGAAGGAGCUCCAGAAGAGACAGAAAAACGUGAUGACUCCCAGAGAUCCACUUUAUUUGUCGAAAAACCUCAAAGCGGUACAGUGAGCGUUGGUGGGAAUAUUACAUUUAUAGCCAAAGUAGAAGCCAAAGAUCUUCUUCGAAAGCCAAAUGUUAAGUGGUUUAAAGGAAAAUGGAUGGAUCUGGCCAGUAAAGCAGGGAAGCACUUGCAGCUGAAAGAGUCCUUUGAGCGUCACACUAAGAUUCACACAUUUGAGAUGCAUAUCAUUCAAGCUAAGGAAAACUAUGCAGGGAACUAUCGCUGUGAAGUAUCUUAUAAGGACAAGUUUGAUAGUUGCUCUUUUGACCUUGAAGUCACUGAAUCUUCCCAAGCUGCUCCAUCUAUUGACAUCAGAUCUGCUUUCAAAAGAAGCGGUGAUGGACAAGACGAUGCAGGAGAACUUGACUUUAGUGGUCUCCUGAAACGUAGGGAGGUUAAACAGCAAGAGGAAGAACCUGAGGUAGAUGUGUGGGAGCUCCUGAAGAACGCGAAUCCCAGUGAAUAUGAGAAGAUUGCUUUUCAGUAUGGUAUCACUGACCUGAGAGGCAUGUUAAAGCGUCUCAAGCGCAUGCGCAGGGAAGUGAAGAAGAGUGCAGCCUUUGCCAAAGGUCUUGAUCCUGCAUAUCAGGUGGACAAAGGAGGUAAAGUAAGGUUCAUGGUGGAGCUAGCAGAUCCAACAGUGGAACUCAAGUGGUAUAAAAAUGGCCAAGAAAUACGACCAAGUGCAAAAUACAUUUUUGAACACAAAGGUAAUCAGCGAAUUUUAUUCAUCAAUAAUUGUAUGAUGACAGAUGAUGCUCGAUAUUACGUGACAGCCGGUGAUGAGAAAUGCUCCACAGAACUGUUUGUGAGAGAUCCUCCGAUUUUGGUGACAAAAGGCCUGGAGGAUACUAGUACCUAUGUUGGUGAACGAGUAGAAUUGAGCUGUGAAGUAUCUGAGGAUGAUGCAAAUGUGAAAUGGUUUAAGAAUGGUGUAGAACUUCCUAAUGAUCCUAAAUCUCGGUAUCGAAUCAAGGUUGAGGGUAAAAAACACACUUUGAUCAUAGAGGAAGCUGCAAAAAAUGAUAACGCAACUUACUCAGUAAUGACAACUGGAGGCCAAUCAGAAGCUAAGCUUUCAGUUGAUUUGAGACCACUGAAGAUAUCACUUGCACUGCAAGACCAGACUGUGAGGCUUGGGCAGGAAAUCCACCUGAAGUGUGAGAUAUCCGAGAACGUGUCAGGGAAAUGGUACAAAAAUGGGCAACUGGUCGAAGCCAGCGAUCGUGUAAAGCUUUAUCACAAAGGAAGAAUCCACAGAUUUGUUAUAGCGAGCGCUGCUGUUGAUGAUGAGGCUGAAUACAUGUUUGUACCCGAUGCCUAUAAUAUUAAUAUUCCAUGCAAAGUACAUGUUGUGGAUCCUCCUAAACUCCACCUGGAUGGUCUUGGGGAAGGGAACACUGUGACAGUAGUGGCAGGAAGCAAACUACGACUUGAGAUCCCCAUCACUGGCGAGCCAACUCCAAAAGUCAUGUGGAGUAAAGGGGACAAGUGGAUAACAGACAGUGGAAGAAUACGGGCAGAAACAUAUCCAGACAGCAGCUGUCUGGUCAUUGAUACGGCUGAGAGAGAAGAUUCAGGUCAAUUCAGAAUAUCAUUAAAGAAUGAGGCUGGAGAGGACACAGCUCUAAUCAACAUUAAAGUGGUUGACGUUCCUGAUCCUCCUCAGGCACCAAAUGUGACUGAGGUGGGUGAAGACUGGUGUGUUAUGACCUGGGAACCUCCAGCAAAUGAUGGUGGAUCACCCAUCUUAGGAUAUUUCAUUGAAAGGAAAAAGAAACAAAGCUCCCGGUGGAUGAGGCUGAAUUUUGAACUGAUUAAAGAAACAACUUUUGAGCCGAAGAAGAUGAUUGAAGGUGUUGCUUAUGAGGUCCGUGUAUUUGCUGUUAAUGCAAUAGGCACCUCCAAACCAAGUAUGCCUUCAAAGUCCUUUGUUCCUUUAGCUGUUACCAGCCCACCAACUCUCCUGGCAGUGGAUGGAGUGACUGACACCACAGUCACAAUGAAAUGGAGGCCACCAGACCACAUCGGAGCGGCAGGGUUAGACGGCUAUGUUGUAGAGUACUGCUUUGAAGGAAGUACCAAGUGCUCUCACUCUGAGGCAGAGACUAAUCAGUCAGAAAACCUCAAGCAGCAGGGUUUUGUUCAGGCUUCCUUUGAUGGAUUCUCACAAGGUAUAUCGACAGAUCUGUCAGAGGAAUUGGUGGAGCCACCUUUUAACCUGGAAGAAGCUGACAGAAGCAAGUUGAAGGAGAACUUUAUUCCUAAAACUGACGAAUGGAUCGUGGCUAACCCGGAGCUGACGGACAAAACGAAAUUUACUAUCACUGGCCUGCCAACUGGCUCAAAAAUCCUUGUGAGAGUAAAAGCUGUGAAUGCUGCUGGUGAAAGUGAGCCCAGGUACCACCCACAGCCUAUUUUAGUCAAGGAAGUGAUAGAGGCUCCAAAGAUCCGUCUACCAAGGCACUUAAAACAAACCUAUACUCGAAGAGUUGGAGAAACUGUGAAUCUUGUGAUUCCUUUCCAGGGAAAACCAAGGGCAAAAGUAUCAUGGCAGAAAAACGGUUCUCCAAUCGACAAGAACCAAAUCAACAUCCGCAACACUGAAAAUGACACCAUCAUCUUCAUCCGAAAGGCAGAAAGGAACCACUCUGGAGAAUAUAACAUGAAAGUGGAAGUGGAGAACUUGGAGGACAAAGCUACAAUAGAUAUUCAGAUUGUUGAUCGCCCUGGCCCACCAGAGGUUGUAACUAUUGAAGAUGUCUGGGGAGAGAAUGUAAAUUUAUCAUGGAAGCCACCAAAAGAUGAUGGUAAUGCUGCCAUUACUGGGUACACAAUUCAAAAAGCAGAUAAGAAGAGUAUGGAAUGGUUCACAGUAAUGGAGCACUAUCACCGCACCAGUGCCACCAUCAAUGAGCUCGUCAUAGGAAACGAGUACUACUUCCGAGUCUUCGCUGAAAACAUGUGUGGACUCAGUGAGGACGCAACGAUGACCAAAGAGAGCGCUUUGAUUGCAAAGGAUGGUAAAGUCUACAAAUAUCCAGUUUACAAUGAUUUUGACUUCAGUGAACGGCCGUUGUUUACUCAGCCUCUAGUCAACACGUUUGCUGUAGCUGGUUACAACGCGACUUUGAACUGCAGCGUUCGGGGCAACCCCAAGCCCAAAAUAACCUGGCUGAAAAACAAAGUUGCUAUAAUGAAUGACCCAAGGUACCGAAUGUUCAGCAACCAAGGUGUCUGCACCUUGGAGAUCCGCAAACCCAGUCCCUAUGACGGAGGUACUUACACUUGCCGAGCAGUCAACGAACUGGGAGAGGCAGAAGUUGAUUGCAAACUGGAAGUGAAAGUGAUAUAUCAAGGAGUAAUUAACCCAGGAGAACCAUUCUUCUUGGCGGGGAAUAAUCAGUUACACAGUAAGGAUUUUUGAAUGUAUAUUGUCAUCUAAGGUGGGCUUUCGUUCUUCAGACUAUUGAUGGAUGGAGUGCCUCCGCAUAUCAUUGAUUCAUAUAUGCGUGAAGUGCAGGCAGACAAAACUGAGGGGAAGUGAGAGUCCGUCCACAGUGUUUCCUCCCACUGCGCUGGAAAUUGGUAGCAGAAUUACAGCAUUUUAGUUCUUGCAAUGUCAGAACAAAUGCGUGGUUGGGAAUUUUCUUUUUUCCUUUCUUUUUUUUUUUCCUUAUUUGUUGUUUUGUUUUCCCUACCUGCUCUUACUGAAAAGAAAGAAUACGCAUGGAUUGUUUUGGGGUUGAAAUUAAAUGAACCGAAGACAACACACGUUUUGUAAUGUUCAGCUUUAUUUUCUGUUUGAUAUUGUGUUCUGAUUUUUAAUGAGGAAAGAGGAGAAGCUGUGUAAUAAACACAAGGAGGCAGUCAGAGUUUGUUCUCAAUGGUACAAAGCAUAUGCUUCUCAGACUGGAAGUACAUGGAUUAGCCAGUAGCUGUGCAAUAAGACCCUUGGAAUAUAUACCUCUUUGAUAAUGUAUCUUAUUCACCUGAGAAUGGUUUAACAGAAUAUGGUUUUACUAUAACGUAAUUAAUACAUAUGUACUUAAUGAACAUUUAAGCUGAACAUAUCUUCCUUUAGAAGUUUUGAUUUCCUAAAUCCAACCCAUCAGUCUCUCAACUGAACUGAAAUUGUUUUAUUUAAUGUACAAUAAAUAUGAAGUGUUUAAGAUCUA